GUCCCAGCACGAUAGAGCAGAGCCUGGUGCUUGCAGACCAUGGCAUCGAGGCAGCCCAGAUGGGCCAACACAACGAGGCCGUUUGGGCUUUCACCGUUGCCCUAGAGAUGAACCCCCGGGAGCACCGGCUCCUGGGGAACCGCUCGUACUGCCUGGAGAAGCUGGGUCGAUACGAGGAGGCGCUGGCGGAUGCGGAGGCGGCGCUGGCGCUGCAGCCAGGCUGGCCCAAGGGCUCCUUCCGCAAGGGCAAGGCCCUGCGGGGGCUCCAGGUACCUGCAGGGGGGGCUUCAAGGAUUGUGUGGGGGCCUGGAGUCUUGGGGGAGGUGGAGGAGGUGGGUGCCAUGACUGGGUGAGGGGCUGCUGGGUUCUAGGAGUGACUGUUGGGCUUUCCAGGGUGCUGUGGGGUGUUGUUGGAGACAAACUGGGGGUUUUGGAGUGCUGGUGGGCUGAGCAUGGAGCUGAGGGGUGCCAGUGGGUCUGGGUGGGGGCUCUGGGGAACUGGAGGGGCUGUAGGGUGCAAUGGCUGUGUGGGGGGAUUGAUUGCAUUAGGUCUAAAUUUGGGCUGGGUGGGCUGGGCAGGGAACUAGGGGUGUCAGUGGGGUGGCCUAGGGCUGGGCUGGGGUAUGUCAGUGAAGCUUUGAGGUGC